CAGCGUCGACGCCGGAAACUAGGAGGUUCCUUCGACAGUCGUCUGUUUGACACAGCAACACCGUAACCAUGCGAGGAGAGAUCUGCCACCUUCACAUCGGCCAAGCUGGCACGCAGCUGGGUAACAGCGCCUGGGAGCUGUACCUCCUCGAGCACGGCCUGCUGCCCGAUGGCCGUCCCAACCCCGAUGCGAAGGAGCUCGGCGAGGGUGGCUCCUACGAGACCUUCUUCACUGAGACCGGCAGCGGCAAAUACGUGCCCCGUUCCAUCUUCGUCGACUUGGACCCUUCGCCAAUUGACGAGAUCCGAACUGGUGCCUACCGUCAGCUGUUCCACCCUGAGCUGUUGAUCAGCGGCAAGGAGGAUGCUGCCAACAACUAUGCUCGUGGUCACUACACCAUCGGCAAGGAGAUGGUCGACAGCGUCAUUGAGAAGAUCCGUCGCGUUGCUGACAACUGCUCGUCCCUCCAGGGUUUCCUCAUCUUCCACUCCUUCGGUGGUGGUACCGGUUCCGGCUUCGGUGCGCUUCUCCUCGAGCGCCUCUCGACCGACUACGGCAAGAAGUGCAAGCUCGAAUUCGCCGUAUACCCUGCUCCUCGCGUGUCUACCUCUGUUGUUGAGCCCUACAACGCUGUUCUGUCGACACACAGCACUAUCGAGAACUCCGACUGCACCUUCCUCGUUGACAACGAAGCUGUCUACGACAUCUGCAGACGCAGCUUGGACAUUCCCCGUCCCAACUACGAGCAUCUCAACCGCCUGAUCGCCCAGGUUGUCAGCUCCAUCACCUCCAGCUUGCGCUUCGAUGGUGCGCUCAACGUCGAUCUGAACGAGUUCCAGACCAACCUUGUGCCAUACCCGCGUAUCCACUACCCGCUCAUCAGUUACGCCCCUGUCAUCUCGGCCAAGAAGAGCUCUCACGAGAGCUUCAAGGUUUCCGAUCUUACCUUCCAGUGCUUCGAGCCCAACAACCAAAUGGUUGUCUGCGACCCGCGCAACGGAAAGUACAUGGCUGUCGCACUUCUGUACCGUGGAGACAUUGUUCCCCGCGACUGCUCUGCCGCCGCCGGUGCCCUCAAGGCCAAGUCCUCCUUCAACUUGGUUGAGUGGUGCCCCACUGGUUUCAAGCUCGGAAUCAACUACACCAAGCCCAUCAGCGUUCCCGGCAGCGAGCUCUCCUCCGUCGACCGCAGCGUGGCCAUGCUUUCCAACACGACCGCCAUCGCCGAAGCUUGGUCCCGCCUCGACCACAAAUUCGACCUCAUGUACUCGAAGCGCGCUUUCGUUCACUGGUAUGUGGGUGAGGGUAUGGAGGAAGGAGAGUUCUCCGAAGCUCGUGAGGAUCUUGCUGCGCUGGAGAAGGACUACGAGGAGGUUGCUGAGGACUCGCUUGAUGCGGAUGAUGUUGAGGAGGGCGAGUACUAGGUUUUGGGGCCCAAGAGAAGGAUACAUGGACAUGGAUGUUGUUGAUGGCGCUUGCUACGACGAGCUGGAGGAAUCAGUAGCCUUGGAAUCGAGAAACUAUGUGCGGUCGCAUAGUCUUACUUUCAAACCAUGAACUUGCUGCUAUCGUGAUGUACAAUGUUGUGGGCUAUGGCAACAAAUGGCACAACCACGAUACUCAUUUGCAAGCGUAAGUAGUGACAU